CAGGUGUUAGCAUUAGCAACAGGUUAGCCAAACAAACCGAUGCUAACGGACGCAGUUCGCUAACUGCAGUGUUCAUGAACAGGCAGGAUCUAAAUUACACACAGUUUGAGAUGUAGUGAACCUGUCCCGGUCCCGGUGUACCGGACAGAACCCUGCACGACACUGCAGAGUCAGGAUUAAUGUGAUUUAAUCUCAUGCAAUGAGCUAAUCCAGGUAAUCGGCAUCAGAUUGACUGUCUGAGCAAACACUCACCUGCACGAGAGGGUCAGAGUGAAUACCAAAAGAGCUACAGGGUUUCCAGGUCCAGAAGUGUGUCUCCUCAGCGCUGUGCUCGGUUGGCCGGCCUGCGCUCCGACCAGAUGGGUAUCAGCAGAGAACCGAGUCUCCAACGUCGAAAAAGGCUCGAACCUGGUGGUAUUCAGUCCUGCAGCUCUCUCCUCUGUCCUCCAGAUCCGCACCAUAUUCUCCCUCAGCCGACUCCUCAAGCACACAGAACUUCGGCCUCCAAGAGUCACUCAGCCCACAGGAAGGGACCUUCCCUGGAGCCACAACCCCCAACACCUCCUGGAGCACGAGAAGACCCUGGAUCUCGUGCAGACCCAGAACCUCCAGCAGGACCACGACCUACUGCAGACUCAGGACCUCCAGCAGGACCACGACCUGCUGGAGAUUCUGGGUCUGCAAGAGAUCCAGGAGCCAAUGGAAAAUCUGUGAAGCCCCACCCCUCCAAGCCUGACAGCCAACCACACCUUAGCCAACCUUUGACAGCAGCGCCUGAUGGACAGCAGCCCUCGGCCAAUGAGGUUCAGCAUGCUCUGCGGUGGAGGGCGGGGCUGAGGUCGGGAGGUCAAAGGUCAGGAGGUCAUAGGUCAGAGUACCUCAGACAGUUUGGCUGGAAGAAACCCGCGACUGCUGCUUCACCCCUACUGACUGCAGAACAGGUGCUUCACUCCAGCAGCAGAUUUGUGCCCCCCUUUAAGAAGAACCCCUUUUCCAUGGACACUGAGUAUCGGCGGAGCUUCCAGGGUCUGGCCCCGCCUCCUAAGCCCCGCCUUCGGAAACUACUAGAACAGCAGAGAGUCCCACUGUUCCACACACACGUGAGCAACAAAAAGAGGAGGGAGGAGUCAGUGAAGAAGCCCCGCCCCAAUCCGGAGAAAGAUGAUGCCACGCCUCCUCCUCCUCCUCAGGUGCAGAGAGGACACAGGAUGUUGACUGAGUAUGAGUCCAGCUUUCGUUCUCCCCUCUACAGGAUCCCGGAGGAAGGCGGAGCCACACACAGCGAUGCCCUUCAGGUGAAGGAGUUGAGGCAGAAGGCCUUGUCGUACCGCCGUCGAGCCUGGGGAGCGAAUUUCUGCAGAGAUCACAUGAGCCAGCUGCUGUCUGAACACAACGCUCUGUGGGAGCCAACAGAAACCACAGACUCUGCCACUGACCCCCCCUCCCCCCGCCUCGCCUCCGAUCACGACCCAGACAACCGCAGCACUUCCUGUGUGGAGGCCCUGGACCUGGCCAGCCGCUCCAGUAACUCCAGUAAGAGGUCUUCUGUUGCGGGGUCAGCAGAAAUAACCAGAACAAACAAAAACACACAAAUAAAAGCACAAACACCUCCAAGCCCUCCUGCUGAAAGGCAUACGGCCUGGGGAGAAGAAGAAGAAGAAGAAGAAGAAGAAAAUACACACGAGGAGGAGGGAAGGUUACCGACUCCGAGGUUGAAGAUGCUACCAGUUCAGAGAACUCACCAUGACCUCACCACACCUGCCACCGGAGGCGCUAUACUAGUGGGAAAACUGAAGAGCAGUGAUGAAUCUUCACCAUUCAAACAGAGGUGCGGGUCUGCCGUGUCUAUGGCAGCGGGGGCGGAGACCGCGCUAGACGUGCCGGUCAAACGGAAGGAGGCGUGGUCAGAGAAUAACUCCCCUCACACACCUUCAUCUGGCCCCUCGCCCGACCACAAACCAGCUGCCAGUCCUCCCUCUAAACCAAUCAGGACGAAGCAAACGCCUCCACCCGCUGUAGCCCCGCCCCCUCUGGUCCCACCCCCGCCGCACUGUAUCCAAGGCACUCUGAGACACCCCGACUUCCAACACAACGGUGAGUUGGGUCUGAGGUUCAGGGAGCGGCAGUGUUCAGGAGGAGGCUGCGGCUCUGAUGACGACGACCGCCUGUCGGUGAUGUCGUGCCGUUCGGCAGCUUCCUGCUCCGUGGCGUCCGCCGUGCUGGAGCGUGCUCAAAAGAGACGAGAGAACUUCUGGGGGAAGAGAUGACCUCUGACUGAGUUUAUAGUGGAUCAGUCACUGCUGUAGAACAAUUAGUGAGGAUAUUUUUUAAACAGAGGAAAGUGCUUAAUUUAAAUAGUGGGAAUAAUGUAUAUUUAUAGAUUAAUGUAAGAUAAUUGUACUGUUCCUUUUUAAACUACACUUUUGUAAUAGAUGGUUUUUAUAAAUAUAGUAAUUUUGUGUAUUCAGUAAUUAUGUUGCUCUCUGCGUGUUUGCAGAGAUAAAAGUGACAUAAACACAGACUGAUUUUAGCUUUUGUGGUAUACAAAUCCUGAAAAUAAUGAGUUUAAGUUACUAAAAAUAAAAUAAGAAUGUGAGCAUGAA